AUGUUUACCAAAGAAGAAGCCACUGAAUUCAUCACGGAUAAGCUGAAGAUAAAAGAACCUCUAAGACAGUUUGACAAAAACAGACUAGUAUUAUUGAACAACAUAAUACGAGCUGUGAUGUAUCAAGUUCCGUUUCAAAAUAUCACAUUAUUGUGUUUGCCUGAAAAAGAUAGAAAAGCCCCAACAAUGGAUGAGAUAAAACGGGAUGGUAUUUCACUUGUUGGCGGUUUGUGUAUAGUUAAUAAUGCGAUUUUAAAGAAUGUGUUAGAAGCUAUAGGCUUCGAUAUCGAAUAUGUGUCAGCAACAAUAAUCGAUCCUGACAGCCAUGUGUUGUGCAUUGCGAGCAAUGUAUUGCACGAAGGUGAUAAAUAUUUAGUGGACGUGGGAUGUGGUUAUCCAACAUUUGAAGCCAUUCCGUUGGAUUUCAACGACGAAUCCCCAAUAUAUGAAUUCUCAUUUAUGAAAUUUAAGCUGGUUAGAAAUCAAGGAGUUAUAGAAAGGCAACAUCUUCGCCAGUCAAAAAACCUGUUGAGGUUAGACAGUUACUCUGUCUACGAUCAAUUUGAGACGCGAUGGGUGAAGUUUUACGAAUUCAGCGUCACUCCUGUUGAGUAUUGCCAGUUUGAUUCUACUAUGAAUCUGAUUUACACGGUUCCUGACGCAAGCCCCUUUCUGAUUAGCAUUGUAUUAGUUUCAUUUAAGAAUGGUAAAUGCACGGUGGUAAGGGACAACUUACACUUAGAAGAAGGCGAUGACAACAAACUACACGAAGUGGAACGACUGGAAUCAAAUGAAAGUAUCAUAAGCUGCAUCUCCAAGAUAUGUCCUCAGCUUUCGGAGCUGGAUAUAAAGAAUGCGGUUGAAAUUUGGGCAUCUGAAUAUAAACACUCAACAAACAAGUAA